AUGCACGAACCUAAAGCUAUCGCGCAACUAAGCUCGAGUCAACAUGCGUCGCGAAAACUCGUCCAGGACCUGAAAGCGUCUGGUCUGCAGCAAGAAGGUAAGUUCAGUCGUCCCCAUCAGUGUGCAAGGCAAAGAGGCCGUGUCUUUGCCAUAGUUGCUGGCGCUGGCGUGUUAGUUCAGAUGGAGAUAGCUGUUCGUGUUGUAGAAUGA